AUGGGAGCUCACCCCAUGGAUGGGGAAAGUUAUUACCAGAGUGAAGCUGCUGCAUUGGGGCAAGAAGAUGGAUCUGUCGCUGCAAAACAAAAGCUAGCGAAGAACAGUCUUCAGAGUCCAUGCAAGUUUCCAAAGGCUGGCGAGCUGGAUGAGGAAGUGGCUCGUCAAGUGCUCUCUUCUGAUUUGAGCUUACAAGGAGCUUCUGAUGGUGAUGUGAGAGCUCACUAUAUCUCCAAUGGAGAGCUCGCAGAUGAUCGAGAUAAACAUAUCGAAUCUCCGACCCACCAUCAUGGAGACGACGUUGGAUUUCUUGUAAAAAUGGAAGAGGACGUCGCAGAUAAAGUAGUUGCUGAGGACUCUGGGAGUUCUGAAAGCAAGAAGGAAGAUGCCAACAUAGCUGCUGAGAAGCCUCCUACUUGUGUUGAGUGUGGGAAGACCUUCCCUUCAUUGAAAGCAUUGUAUGGUCACCUGAGAUGCCAUCCUCAAAGGGGCUACCGAGGAGCAAAUCGGCCACCUGAAGCGAAGAACAAGCUCCAAAUAGGCGUCGAUUCUUCAUCUGACCGAGUGCUGCCCGCUGCAAAAUGGUCGGUGACUGCAAAGAGAGGUCGCAAAGGUAUUAUCAUCGACUCGAAUGACCCUGAAGUCAAUGCAGCUAACAUUCUGCUGCAGCUAUCAAGGGACAGCAAUCUCGGGCCUACACCGAAUCUACCGCAAGAAAUCGAUGAGUUACGAGCUAGGGAUAGGAAAUCCAUAUUGGUUAAUAUAAGAAUUGAGAUGGAUAAGAAAGCAGCAGAAGUUGAAGAAGGGCUGCAGCUAAUGGAUGCCAUGCAUUCUGAAUAUAUGGUUGGAAAUGAAGAUGAGUACACUGAUGAAAUGAAGGCUGACAAUGAUGGAAAUGCAGGAUCAUCGAGGAGGCUGUUGGUAUUCGAGAGAAAAGUCAAGAAGAAGAAGAUCAAAGAUCUAGAACCAGCGAACGAAUCUAUUCCACCAACUCGAGGUAGAAGAUACCGCUGCAGCAUCUGCAACAAGUCUUUCGCUACCCAUCAAGCACUGGGGGGUCACAGAGCUAGUCACAACAAGAACAAGAACAAUUCAGAAGUGGUGGUGGCCAUGGAUGAGACUGAAGACGGCGACCCGGUCCAUGCUGAAGCAUCGACCUUGGUCGAUUCGAACAGUGCGGUGCCGAGAGCUGCGACCGCAGAACAUCGAUGCACCCUUUGUCAGGCCACAUUCCCGACAGGGCAGGCUCUUGGUGGGCACAAGAGGAGGCACUGGAAUGGUCCUGUGAAUCAUCCUCCACUUUCACCACCAGCAGCUUCGACGGCAGCACCCUCACCUGCACCAUUAUCUGAGAGCCCUACGGAGGCAAACAAAGGGUUGCUUGAUAUCGACCUCAAUGAGCUGCCAAAUUUCGAAGCUGAAGAACCAUGAUAUUCUUAUCAUGCUCUAUCUUAGGAUCAGAACAGAUGAUAUCGGAACCUUCAAGCUAGUUUUGGUUGGUUAGCUAUAUGACUUGGCAAUCAAAAUAUUGAAGCUCCAAAUUUUGUACUCUAGCUGACAGUGGAGCUGGUAAAACUUUGCUGUCACAGAGAAGCCUUUGCUCUCUCUCUCUCUCUCUUCUUCUUCCUCCAUUCCCUUAAAGCUUGUUGCAAUCUGAUGCAGCAGUGGGGUGACUGAGGAACAAUGCAA